GUACACUUCAGCCUCAAAAAGUUCAGAUUCUAAAAAUUCUAAAUCAGAAAUUUCCGAUAAAAAAUCAAAACAAAAACUGGAGCAGAAUAAUUAAAUCAAUUAAAUAAUUAUCAAAGCUGCCCGAAAAUCAAAACUGGAAGUAAAACACAAUCCCUGUGUCUGAUUACAAAACAUUCUCAGUUGCAUUUAAUUUGCUCGAUUGUGACGUUUAUGAUGAGAUUUAUGUAGUGAAACCUAAUUAAACUAUUUGUACUUAAUACUCAAAAUUAAACGGAUCUGAAUUUCCAAAAUGAUCAGGAGACGACUGGAUAUACUGUUUUAUAUUGUGAUAUUUUUCACAAUGUUUGUGGUUUUUACUAAAAUAAGGGAGUCGUCACUUCGUAAGUAAAAUAGUUUAAUUCACUGUAUUACAAUUUAUUGGCUGCAGUUUUUUCAUUUUCGAUUAGGGAUUUCAAUACCGGACCAAAAUUUCAAAGGGAUUACGGUAUUGGAAAUUGAUGAUCUUGAGAUCCCAGGUUCAAACCAGGGUUUAGAUUUGGUUCAGAAUGUGGUGUAAAAUCGAGUUUAACAUGUUCAAAAUAGGAGCUUUCAGCUACAAAUUAGAUAACUUCCAGAAUCAAAACUCAGACUUCAAUGAAAAUGACACAGCACUAGAAUUUAAUACUGACAAUGCAAAAAUAUCAAAGCAACAACAACAGCCAAAGUCAGUUCCACUGAAAAAACUAUUGGCAAUGAAAAACGUGGAGCAAAAGAUUCUAAACGAAAAAAAGUACGGGCCAGUGACUAAAGAGACUAUUUUUAUCACAAUCCAAGUCCACAAUCGGAUAGAAUACUUAAAAUAUUUAAUUGACAGUUUCCGUAAUGCAAAGGACAUUGAUAAGGCACUGCUAAUAUUUUCUCAUGACGUCUAUGAAAAUAAUAUUAAUGAGUUAAUUCAGAAUAUUGAUUUCGCGAUGGUCAUGCAAAUAUUUUAUCCAUACUCAAUUCAAUUAUAUCCAAAUGUAUUUCCUGGAACAGAUCCGAGAGAUUGUGGACGCGAUAUUGGCAAAGAGAAAGCAAUUGAGACUGAUUGUUUUAAUUUACAAUAUCCAGAUACGUAUGGACAUUAUAGGGAAUCAAAAUAUACUCAAAUGAAGCAUCACUGGUGGUGGAAGCUGAAUAGAAUUUUUGAUGAAUUAAAAGUCACAAAGGAGCUGAAAAAUUUCAUCUUAUUGCUGGUCGAAGAGGAUCAUUAUGUAGCACCAGACUUUAUAUACAUUUAUAAGCGUAUGCAAAGGUCCUUACAUCUUGAAUGUCCAAAAUGCAACAUAAUUGCACUUGGCACUUACUCACAAACGCUAGACUCGAUGUCCUACAAUCAAAUUGAAAUUGCUCCAUGGACAACAAAUCUUCAUAAUAUGGGAAUGGCAUUUAAUAAAACAACGUGGCUUAAAAUACGCAAUUGUGCUGAAUAUUUUUGUACUUAUGAUGAAUACAAUUAUGACUUUAGUCUGCAGAACAUCAACAGAAAAUGCCUUAAAGAGAAACUUUUUACAGCACUGAUUCGCGGUCCACGAAUCUAUCAUGUAGGCGAGUGUGGGAUUCACCACGCAAAAACAAACUGUGAUGUCGAUAAUACCAUUAAACGUAUUGAUAUGGACAUAAAGUCAGCACAAAGGGAUAGAAUUUUAUUUCCAGAAGACUUGGAAAUUGUCAGUACAAAUCUGAGACAUCCAACAAAUCCAUUAAUUAAUAAUGGCGGGUGGGCAGAUAAACGCGAUCAUUGUUUGUGCCUUGAAAUGACGGCAAACAAAAAGAAUGAUGAGUGCCAUAAAAUUUUUCCAGCUACUAAUGACAUAAAUGAUUUAUGAGAUUGUUAAUUAAGUGUACUUAAUCAUGUUCAAGUACUUUUUUUUAAUGCAAUAAAAUAAUUUAUUGUAAUGAUGAAGGUGUGUAAAUAAACUGUAAAUGCAUGAUAAACAAGA